AUUUUAACUGAGAGUAACCGUCAAAGGGCUUAUAAAUAUGCAUUUAUCAAACUUGUGGACCAAAAGUAUUCAAUUGACUCCCAAUAUACUAGAUGGUUUGCCCACUUUUAUUGUUCAGCCUAUAUUCAAUGAUUUACCAAUUGAUAAAGUGCUUCUUUUCAUAUUGUCCAAUAAUCAAGUUCUAGCAACAAGCGCCUAUUCUGUUGUUUUUGAUAGUUGAAAUCAUUGGUGAACGUUUAACACCAAGGCACUUGUCAAUCAUGAAAGACCAAGAUCUCACAGUUAAAAAUGCAUUUGAUUUUACAAUUCAACGAUGCUUUAUUGUUCAGAAAUCACUUGAGAUGGUUUACCAAACACUUGACUGUGAAUACCACUCUCGUAUCAAAUGGAGUGAAAGAAAACAAAUUCAGGCUUUCCACGAUAUUUAAAUGUUUACAGCAAAUGAUGGUGUUGGUGCUUUUUAUAGCUGAGUCGAUAUACAAGUUCUCUAUUGGUGAGUUUGAUAUUACAGACACCAUGAACUAUUAUAACUGGCUGUUUCCAUUUGAUGGAAGCAAAUGGGAAAUUUCUCUUGCAUUGAUGAAAAAAGUAUUUCCAUAUAAAGAUAAUUACUAUAAACUCUUCAAAUUUGAUAAAAUUAAAUCAAAAGCAAUAUGGUCCUCCUCAACGUACAAUUUACAACACUUUAAUAUCCCUAAACAAUUUGGCAGGUCCAUACUAUUGAACUUGAAACAUCCAUGUUUGUCUGGUCUAAAUAUCGGAUCAAUCACACAACUAAUUACACAGCUACCACUUCUUAUUAACUUGAAUUCUCUUGAUCUUUCGAAAAAUUUACUAUUCAGGUUAGAGGAGAGUCCUAAGCUGUACAAAUUGCUUAACUUGAACUUGUCAAACAAUCAAUUCGACAACAUUCCUAAUUUAGAGCCAUUACUCAAUUUAUCUAAUAAUGGGCUAUCCGAUGUUGAGAAAUUAGAGCAGUUUCCUUUAUCAAAUCAAUUGAUUUUUGGGAAAGGUGCCAAUGAGAAUAUCAGUAAUAUUGGUAUGGCUGAAGGGUUACGAAUCCUCCAUUUUUUCACCAAAAAUGCUGAUUCAAUAAGGUGUUUGGAAAGAUUACCAAUACUACAGUCAAUGAAGUUGCAGUUGGAAAUUUCAAAUGCAGUUGUAUGAUUUCCAACAAUGGCCAACUUGAUAUCGUUAGAUUUACAAACACAUUUGAAAACAAAACUAAACUUAGAUGGGACUUUUCCAAAUUUAAAGAGGCUAAUUAUAUAUGCUAAAGACGAUCAAGAGUUGAAAAUGUCAAGUCAUUGGAGCAGGUUGAAAUUUGUGAAAUUUUGCUGUGGUGAAUAUCACCGAAAUAUAGACUUGAGAAAUUGGAAAAAAUUAGAAACAAUAGAUCUUUCGAAUUUCGUUAAAUCUUUAAUAAUGGAUUCAU